GUUUCUCUUACGAGAGGGCACCACUAUAAACCGACAAUUUCCGCUUCCGCAAUACUUGAACAGGCCUCCAAUUAUUUAUUUUUUGACUACCGAAGUGACACAUCUAAAAAGCAAUUCAAGAUGACUGAAAUAGACACUGGAAAACUAAAACAACUAAAAAUUAACACUGGAGUUUUAAAAAGGUUCAAUUUCUGAAAAUGUAUCAAAUAGAUUUCAUAUGAUUUUAAUAUGCCAACUUUCUUUAACUUGAAAAAAGAGUCAGAAUAUGAUUCUCUUUUUUAACAGACCUUUAUACAACCGGUGUUAAAUAUAAUUCUUAUCGUAGUUGUAGAAAACUAUCGUUUUAGGCCUAAUAUAACAUAAUUGAAAACGAUUGUGUAAUUCAUUUAUGAAUCAUUCACUAUCUAAAAUUAGAAUAAUUGUAAUUUUCAGAAUGUCUAAGGAAACAUCUUACUAUGCAAAGGAGGAGGAAAUGCUCCAGCAAAAACUAGAAGAAAUGCAAAAUAAAGGAGCAGAGGAACAUGAAAUAAGACAGCAGGAGAGACUGAGAACGGAAGCUUCGGAAACCAAAUCAGUUACCCAAUCAAAAUUAAGGAAUUAUUGGAUGGAUCUACAUAAGCAUAUAAAAAACUGUAAUGAAACUGAAGCGGAAACUGAAGAGUUUAAAGCUGCUUUCAACAUUCUAAAAGAAUCACAAGAAGUAGCAAAUUGUUCCAGUGUUACCCUGUAG